AUGUUUGGCCCAGAAGUUUUACGAUCUCAUGGAUUAAAAAAUGAAAAGGAUUUAAGAAAAUUAAUUACUGAUCUUCAAACUAGAAUUGAUAGGGCGAAAUCAAAAAUUGCAGCUGCUUCUCAUAAUGCUUCCAAUAUUGAAGACCACAUAACAGAGGAGCCUAAAUUAAGACUUUUUAAAAACAAAAUUCAAUUACCAAAAGAAGAAUCUAUAUCAAAAAUUUGGCUUAAUGAUAUAUAUAAAAAAAGGCAAGAUAUAAUUGAUAAAAAAGCUGUUAGAAAACAGCGUAGACAAGAUAUGGCUAAGAGAGGAACAGCUGCAUCUUUAGAACGAAUGCGAUUAAUUAGCCAGCUAGCAAGGAAAGAUAAAAGAGAUGAUGAUUUUGGUAGCAGAGAUGAAGAUUGGGAUGUUUACAAAGUCAUAAAUAAAGAAGGUGGUGAUACAGACAGUGAGGAGGAACAAGAAAAAAUAUCAGAGCUUGAAGAAAUUUUACGAUUUUAUGAUCCAACAUUUGUUAGUUCUAACUCCAAUGAAGAACAAAAUCCAAAAGAAGCUCAUCAAUUACAUUUUGGUAUAGAGCGGAUGAGAUGUACAGAGGUACUUUUUCAACCAUCAAUAAUUGGUUGUGGUCAAGGUGGAAUAACUGAUACUAUAGAAUUCAUUUUGAAAAAAUAUGAUGCCCAAACAGCUAAUGAUUUGGCAGAAAAUGUUUUCUUAACUGGUGGUCCAACUAAAUUGCCCUAUUUCAAACAACGAGUGUAUAGAGACCUCCGAGAAAUGAGACCAUUGGAAUCUAAUAUUAAUGUAAAAUUGUCUGACUCCCCUUUUCUCGAUGCUUGGUAUGGUGCAAAAGAAUUCGCAAAUAAGCAAGAUUUUCAUAAAUAUUUGUUAACACCCGAAAUGUAUGCAGAAAUGGGUGGUGAUUAUUUUAUUGAAAACUCUUGUUCCAAUAUGUAUUGUCCACUUCCUGAAGCUGUUCAAGAACCUGAGGGAUUAAGUGAACAAAAUACAGAAAUUUAACUAUUUUUAAUACAUUAAGAUUAGUAUGUAAUACAUAUACAUA